AUGCAUUUGGGGAAAGUUAUCCAAGGACCAAAGGAGGCUUUAAGAAGUUUUGUUAAUAGAUUUAAUCUAGAGGCAUUGCAGAUUCAUGAUAUGAAUGCAGGAGUGGCCUUUGACGCCUUCAUCAGGGGUUUGAGGCCAGAAAGUUUCAAAUUUGAUUUGGUAAAGAAGAAGAUCACCACUCUAGCUGAAGCCCUUCGGGAGGCUGCAGUAGAAGUAUGUGUAGAGGAUUGUUACAUAAAAGAUCAACAUGAAUUAAAGGCGCCAGCUGAAAUGAAAACUCCCUAUAGUAAUAUGGACAAGAGCAAAUAUUGUCACUUCCAUAAAGAUUGUGGCCAUGAAACAAAUGAAUGCAAGCAUCUGAAGAGAGCCCUGGAAGAUUUGGCUCACAAAGGGAAGAUGAAUUCAUAUCUGCCCCAAGGGGAAAGAAAGUUUCAAAAAAGGGAUGAUUGUCAAAGCAAGAGAAAAGAAAGUGAAAGUAUUGAUGAGGAUGUGGUGUUUUUCAUAUAUGGAGGUUUUGCAGCAGAAGGUCCAACCAACCGAGGGCAUAAAAACUACUUAAGGGAACUCAGCCAGAUCAUGCUUACCAAUCAAGCAGAGUCUGACCCCUUUCCAAAGGUAGUCAUCAGUGAGCUGGAUCGUGGGAAAUUGAGAACCCCUCAUGACGACUUCUUAGUUGUGGAGGUGAAGAUUGCCAAUUUGUGGGUACGAAGGAUUUUAAUUGAUACCGGGAGCUCGAUGGAUAUCAUAAGCGCAUACUGUUUGUCAAGAUUGAAGUUGAAUGAGAAUGACUUAGUCCCAAUCCAUCACCCCAUAAUUGGGUUUGGAGGAGGAGUAAUCCACCCCAUGGGAACAGUUACCUUGCCCUUAGGGUAG